AUGGUAAUGAAAUUUCUAAACUGUCUUCCAAGGAGCAAAUUCAUACACAUCGUAGCUUCUUUAGAGCAAGUCCUUGAACUAAAUUCAGCGGGUUUCGAAGACACUGUUGGGAGAUUAAAAGCUUUCGAAGAGCGUAUAAAAGAAGAAACCCAAGAAGAAGAUCAUAGCAAACCUAUGUUUGGAAAAGAUGACAAAAAAAACCGCGGAAGCCAUAACAACUCGCGAGGAAGAGGCAUAUGCAGGGGUUAUGAUGGAAGAAGAAGAGGACGAGGAAGGUCUAAUGGUUCUGAUGGUCAUAAGAAAGGAGGAGAAGCUUUGGACAAGACCACGAAGGACUACUUUAAGGUUAAAUGCUGGAGAUGCCACAAGAUGGGAUACUUUGUGUCACACUGUCCUACGACCAAGAGAAGAAACAAAUCCAACGAAACACAAGAAGCAGAUGCAUUAUAUAUGCACAAUGUUGUAUUCCUCAACAAACAGAGAGUUCUCCCUAAAAGAUUUGACGAGUGCGAUGGAAAUACGAGUAUAUGGUAUCUUGACAAUGGUGCAUGGGAGAGAAGAGUACUCAAAGAUAUCUACUACAUCCCAAGUCUUAAACACAAUAUCAUAAGUCUUGGACAAGCAACCGAGAUGGGUUGUGAGGUAAAUAUGAAAGAAGACUUACUAAUGCUGAAAGAUUCUCAUGGAAGACUAUUAGUACAAGUCGCAAGGUCACCGAACCGACUGUACAAGACGCCAAUGGAAAUUGAAUAUCCUAGAUGCCUUCAAAUAAAAGAAACUGAUACUACAUCGACAUGGCAUGCACGGCUUGGACAUGUGAACUUUGGAGUCAUGAAGAAUAUGGUAGACAAGGAGAUGGUAGUAGGGAUGCCUCAGGUAUUACACAAGAAAGAUGUUUGCAGCGCUUGCUUAGUUGGGAAGCAAACUCGAAAGUCUUUCCCGCCUAAGGAAAAAUAUUGA